UGGCUUGCUUUCUUCCGGGCUUCGGAACUUUUCUUCCCGGAGCCGGGGGAAGCCUUUUCAGUAGUACUUUCCGGCGUUGUUGACCCUAUUUCCCGUGCUGCACCGCAGCCCCUUUCUCUUCCGGUUCUAGGCGCUUCGGGAGCCGCGGCUUAAGGUGCAGACAUGGCCAAGUCCAAGAACCACACCACACACAACCAGUCCCGCAAAUGGCACAGAAAUGGUAUCAAGAAACCCCGAUCACAAAGAUACGAGUCUCUUAAGGGGGUGGACCCCAAGUUCCUGAGGAACAUGCGCUUUGCCAAGAAGCACAACAAGAAGGGCCUGAAGAAGAUGCAGGCCAACAAUGCCAAGGCCAUGAGUGCACGUGCCGAGGCUAUUAAGGCCCUCAUAAAGCCCAAGGAGGUUAAGCCCAAGAUCCCAAAGGGUGUCAGCCGCAAGCUCGAUCGACUUGCCUACAUUGCCCACCCCAAGCUUGGGAAGCGUGCUCGUGCCCGUAUUGCCAAGGGGCUCAGGUUGUGCCGGCCAAAGGCCAAGGCCAAGGAUCAAACCAAGGCCCAGGCUGCAGCUCCAGCUUCAGUUCCAGCUCAGGCUCCCAAAGGUGCCCAGGCCCCUACAAAGGCUUCAGAGUAGAUAUCUCUGCCAACAUGAGGACAGAAGGACUGGUGCGACCACCCACCCUCGCCCCUGGGCUACCAUCUGCAUGGGGCUGGGGUCCUCCUGUGCUAUUUGUACAAAUAAACCUGAGGCAGGAUUUGUUA